AUGAAUAAGAACCGUCAAUUAUUGGUCAUAAUAGGAAUACUUUUCCACCUUUUCUACUUAUGGUCAAUAUUCGAUAUUUACUUCGUGUCACCAUUGGUUCAUGGUAUGGAUCAUCAUAAAUCAACAUGGACCCCACCAGCAAAAAGAUUAUUUUUGAUCGUUGGUGAUGGGUUAAGAGCAGAUAAAACAUUUCAGAAAUUGACUCAUCCAAGAACUGGAGAAGAAAAAUAUUUGGCACCUUAUUUACGUAGUCUUGCAUUAAAUAAUGGUACUUGGGGUAUUUCCAAUACUAGAAUGCCAACUGAGUCAAGACCAGGUCAUGUGGCAAUGAUUGCAGGAUUUUAUGAGGAUGUGAGUGCAGUUACCAAAGGAUGGAAGGAAAAUCCUGUUGAUUUUGAUUCAUUUUUCAAUCAAUCGAAACAUACAUAUUCAUUCGGGCUGCCAGAUAUUUUGCCAAUGUUUGCAUUUGGUGAUGGUGUUGUUCCUGGCAGAAUAGAUGUCUGUAUGUAUGGUCAUGAAUUUGAAGACUUCACUGCUAGCUCUAUUGAAUUAGAUGCAUUUGUUUUCCACCAUUUUGAUGAAUUGUUGAAUAACCUGACAACCAACAAGACAUUGGAUAAUGAAUUAAGACAAGAUGGAAACGUGUUUUUCUUACAUUUAUUAGGUCCUGAUACCGCUGGUCAUGCAUACCGUCCGUAUUCGGCUGAGUACUAUGAAAAUAUUGAAUAUAUUGACAGAAAAUUGGAAGAAUUGGUCCCACAAAUCAACGAAUUUUUUGGUGAUGAUCAAACUGCGUUUGUAUUCACUGCAGAUCAUGGUAUGUCCGAUUUUGGAUCUCAUGGUGACGGUCAUCCAGAUAAUACCAGAACUCCAUUAAUUGCUUGGGGUGCUGGGGUUAAGAGACCAAUUCAUUUGAAAGAUGUCAGUAAUUUGGAAGAACAGUUAGAAAAGCAAGAUAUUGUCAAAAGUGGAUUUGAACCAACUUAUUUCGAUAGUUGGGAAUUGGAUCACUUGGUGAGAAACGAUGUCAACCAGGCUGAUAUUUCCUCUUUGAUGGCAUAUUUAAUAGGGUCAAACUAUCCAGCUAACUCUGUUGGCGAAUUACCAUUGGGCUAUAUUGAUGCAGACUCAGUAACUAAAGUUAAAGCAUUAUACGCCAAUGCCAUGGCUAUUGUGGAACAAUAUUUUGUUAAAGAACAAGAAGUGUAUAACCACCAGUUCAAAUUUAAGCCUUAUAGCCCAUUUGAGGAAAAAAGCAUCAAACAAUACCAACAAGAAAUUGAAUCUUUAAUUGGUCAAUUGGAAUCAGAAGACAAUAGUGAAAUUGAAGUUAAGGUUAUUAAAGUUACUGAAGAGUUGAUGAAGAAGACUUUGGAUGGUUUAACAUAUUUGCAAACAUAUAAUUGGUUGUUACUUAGAUCUAUUGUGACAUUAGGCUUCUUUGGUUGGAUUGUUUAUUCAUUUAAUCUUUUCUUAAAAUUAUUUAUCUUGCAUGAGAAGGAAUUGUUGGAGCUCGCUCCUGAAUUCUCAUUACCUUUGGCUGGUUCUUUUGGUGCAUUAGGCUUAUCCAUUAAUUAUUUGUUGUUCUACCAAAACUCGCCAUUCAAUUAUUACAUGUACGCAGCAUUCCCAUUGUACUUUUGGUACACUAUAAUUAAUGAAAGAAAAUACUUAUCGACGGGCAUCGAGUCAUUCCUUCAUGGUAUUUCAGUAACUACAAAGUUAUUGAUUGUUGUUUCAUUCAUUGGAAUGUAUGAAGGUAUCGCCUAUGGAUUUUUCAACAGGGCAAUGUUUUCUGUCAUCUUCACCAUUAUUGGAGUUUACCCAUUCUUAGUUCAAGGAUCUAACAAAAUUUCAGGAUUGAUGAAAUCCAUUUGGUUUGUUAGUUGUUUGUUGAUGUGUGUCUUUACAAACUUGGAUCCAGUUAAGGUUGAAAACUUAUUUCAAAUUCAUCUUGGAAGUGUCUUGGCACUUACUGUUGGUAUAGUUGCUACCAAAUACGUCUUUAGGAACAGUGAUAUUGGGUCUGUUUCUAGACAUCUCGUAAUUGCACAAAUAGUUGCCAUCCCAGUUAUGGUCUAUGCUACCAACGUGUCAAUUUUAUCCUUGCAAGCUAGAACUGGGUUGCCCUUGCACUCACAAAUCUUAGGUUGGGUUACCUUCAUUGUUUCGUUGAUUGUUUUACCUUUGUUGCAUUCUAUGAGUCCUUCUAAGGAUUACCGAUUGAGGAUGUUGAUUAUCUACUUGAUGUUUGUUCCAACGUUUGUCAUUUUGACUAUUUCCUUUGAAUUGUUGUUCUAUGUUGGAUUCUCGUUGAUCUUGUUGCAGUGGUUAUCUAUGGAAGAAUUGUUAAAAUUUUCUCACAAAGAAUUAGUUGAAUCUCAUGAAAAGACUGGCAGAUUACCAGAAGGAUACUGGUUACAAGUUAUCCGUAUUACAAUCAUUGGAUUCUUCUUUUUGCAAUUGGCUUUCUUUGGUACUGGUAAUGUUGCUUCAAUUUCAUCCUUUUCAUUGGAUUCGGUUUAUCGUUUGAUUCCUAUUUUUGAUCCAUUUUCUAUGGGAGCAUUGUUGAUGGUUAAGUUGAUUAUCCCUUACGUUUUAUUAUCUACAUGUCUUGGAAUUAUGAAUCAUCAAUUGGAGAUCAAGAAAUUCACCAUCAGUACAUUGAUUAUCUCAACAAGUGACUUUCUAUCUCUAAACUUCUUCUUUUUAGUUAGGACAGAAGGAAGUUGGUUAGAUAUUGGUGUUUCAAUUUCAAACUAUUGUUUAGCCAUUUUAAGUUCAUUGUUUAUGUUGAUUUUAGAGUUUGUCAGUUCAAUUAUGUUAAGUGGUGUUGAGUAUGAUAGUAGUAGCGGUACAAAAUUGAACUAUGAACCAAUUAGUCAUAGGGUUAGGAAAAGAAAAGUUACAUAG